UCAGGUGCUCCUCACACAGCAAGUCGUCUGACGAUCGAUUCACAGCAAAAGCCUUUUUGGAUGGUAUCUUGAUAAGAAAACCCAGACAGGAUGGAGUUCUGGUUCUGCGUGCCGCAGGUGAGUAGCGAUAAGGCUCGUUAGCCACCGGACCAAAACCAACGUGUCCCAACAGGCUGCUGGCAGCGAAAGAAUUGAAAGUUAACAUGCUUGACGUGAGGAAAUACUUAAUCUCAGUUCAUCUCAGUUGUGUCAGCAGGAUAGAACAUUGACAGGAACGUGUUUUCUCUUAUCUGCCACGGUGUUGUGACGCUUGUACUUGUUAAUGUUAUCAGCUUCAAGCUUGCACUGGAAAGGAUGAGACAUUCAGUUAAAAGCUCUUCCUCCUCCUCAUGUUAGGCAGCUCACUCCAGUGCUCCCGCACGCAGAUGACUGAGCUGCUGAAGGGGUUCUUCGGGAUUCAGAAAAAUGAGCUGAGAUGACUGUCUCCUCAGUCAUUUCGAGAUGUAUUAUUGUACUUCUUACUUUUUCUAUCAAUUGUGAGUGUUACAGGUUCCAGCUAUUUAAAAAAACACACCGCCAUUACUCUGUUUCUGCUUACUGAGAUCCCUUAUCACACUUUGGUAGCUCUUGUGGUUUUGAAUUGUAACCCUUGCUUCGGCUUUUACCACAACUUCAACCCAAGUGUUUCAAUAAUUAAAUUAGCAGAUACAUAGUCAUGGAAAACACUUUUACUUUGUCUGUUCUUGGCAUUCCUUCUUGCACAAAGAGGAUUUUUUGGGAUCUCCCACUCACACAUUACAGCCAAUGAAUGUAACGAUCCACUUGGUUUUUAUAGUAAAUGGGUUUUGCUAUACACAAUGUAUUUAUUGGCAUGGUCUAAAAUUCACUUUCUCGACUAAUGCUGUGGGGAAAACUUCAUGCAUUUGUCUUUUCCGGACAGACUUCCCUCUUCUACCUGUUGGCUGCCAACGAGCGAUCACUACCCAGUAUACUGGGUACCUGGUUGUAGAGCCAGCUCCACUCUUUCUCAUGGGCUCAAAUCUGACGGUGUACUGCCACACCCAUGAAUGUGAUUGGAGAGCCAAGAUAUACAUGGUGCUAAAUGGCAAGCCUGUGGAUAAAUGGGAGAGAAUCAACUGCACUACAGUGAAAUUCUAUCUGCCCAGCAUAUGGAUCCCACUGUCUGCAGCGAUCUGCAGUAAUUAUAUGCAUAGCGUUGUGAAUGGAGUGGAUCUACGAGCUGGCCUGCCUCCAGAUAAACCUGACACUAUAACAUGUGAAACAGCAAAGAGCUCAUCCUUAAUAAACUGCUCGUGGACGAGGGGGCAGGAAACGUACCUCCCUACUCUCUACAACAUUUCUGUAAACAGGGAAAAUGAGAGUCAGAAACGUCUAUUUCAAAUCCAGGAUGCUGACAAAAUCACCAUACCACGAAGCAUGUUUGAUGAAAACACUACAUACCUGAUCAUUAUCACUGCUUCCAACCACUUUGGAACAUCACAGUCCGAUCCAGUCGUCCUACGUGUGAAGGACAUAGUGAUUCCCGAUGCACCUAUUAUUAUGCAGAUACAGUUUCCGAGCAAUUCCGUAGCAGCCACAUUGCAAUGGAAAAGCAAUGAAUCCUCGGUUUAUCUCAGACCUCAUGUCAUGCUGCGCACAAACAACACUUCCUGGGAAAUGAGAGCGGGCGUGGAACUCGGUAAGAAUCUGAUACGGGUAGAUAAUCUAACACAUCUGACUGAGUAUGAGUUCCAGAUGAAAAUAUGCAACACAGCGCCUGUGCCGACACAUACCAACGCAAGUAGUAUUAGCGCCAGAAAAGCAUUGCUUUGCAGCAAAUGGAGCCCGUCUGUGAGGAAGAAAAGCCCUGGAAAAGGUCCAUCCCAGCAGUUGCAAGUUUGGAGGAAGGUGGAGAGGCAGGGGACAGACGGCCAGAGGAACGUGACUGUUUUGUGGAAGCCUCUACCACAAGAGGAUUUCAGUGGCAAGGUGAUUGAGUAUGACAUCUUUCUGGAUAAUGGUCAGAAGCUUAAAACCUGUGCUGCCGAGUGCAUCCAGUGUUCAGUUCAGCUACCAGCAGAGGUUAGCAGCCUGAGCAUCAGUGCGGUCACCACAUAUGGAAAGUCGCCACCAGCUGAUGUAAUUCUCAGACAAUCAGGUGUCCCUGGAUCUCUUCUGAUCAAAUUUAGCCCUGCUGCUGAUGGCAGUGCUGUGUUUCUUUCCUGGUCGUGGACAACAGGAAACUACCCAUCGACACAGGAGGAAGAACUGCGGUAUUACGUGAUAGAAAGGACAAAUGUAUCUGGAGAAGGGCUGUGGUGGCAAACGUUGGCCAAAGAUCUAAAGAGCACAUCAAUCACAGGUUUGGCUCCAGGUGUGAGGUAUAACAUCUCUCUGUAUGCUGUGACCACCAGAGGUGUCAGUGCUCCAUCAUCCAUACUGCUCUACUCCAAAGAACAGAAGCCACUUUCUGGUCCAAGCCUCUCUGUGCUGGCCCACGAGGCCCAACGCAUCCAGAUCCAGUGGGAGGAGCUGCCCGUAUACCAGCAGAGGGGUUUCAUCACAAAGUACAACAUCUAUUGCAAAACACCGGAAUCCAAAGACAAAGAAUUAAAUAAGACUGUGUCUGCACCUGGUCCAAGGCAGGAGUGGUUGAACUGUCCUGAAGGAACUGUGGUUCUGCAAAUGACUGCAUCCAACUCAGCAGGAGAAGGACCGCGAGGGCGCCGGAUCUACUCUGAGGCUGCAGCUCCUCCAGUUGGCCUGGUGGUUGUGUGUGUUUUCAUCGUUGCUAUCUUCAUUGCGAUCAUAGCCAACCUGAUGUGCUGGAGAUGCGUGAGGGAAAGGAUCAAACAGAAAUGUAUAUCCUGGGGACCUGCCUGGCUAGUUGAAAACUUGCCAAAACCUGGACACAGUAAUGCCAUCAGACUAUUGGAGCACGAUGGAGUCGAACCAUUAUUCUCGUGCACCCACAAUGACCCUCCACUGUCCCCCAUCACUGUCAUCUCCCAGGAGGAGAGGGAUGAAAUCUACCCCAACAUCCAUGUUGAAGAGUCCCAGAUUGGAUCAGGACCACUCACAGUGAAAACACCUUUCCUGAUGUCAGAUACUGAGAAAAUGCUUGUUGACAGAAGGCUCGAGCAUGUUUGCUACAAACCCCAGAUUGGCAUGAUGACUUCAGAAGAAGAGGAGGUGAAUGAAGUGGAGGAGAAGCAGAUGGACGCUCCAUUAAAUGGGGAGGACGGCAGUUGUUCAAGUGUGUUUGAAGGAUUACUGAGUGGCUUGUUGUUGAGUGUGGAUGUGAAUUCCUCUUAUUCAUCUCGGGAACGUACUCACGGCUUUUUGAAUGAUCGUCUGAGGCCUAAACCUCCUGAACCAAGCACAAUAUCUAGAGGCUUUCAGUUCUUACAACAACAUAGAGGGACUGUGGAUGAAGUAGAAACAGACUCUCCAUCUCUGGACUUGCCACAGGAUGAGAUUAUGACUCCUGACACAGCAGACCCCAGCUUGUCUCAAUGUACUGGUGAGAUAAUACUGUUUGGCGGUUACUUCCCUCAGAUUGCUGCCGUCAGCAGUGAUCAACUGUAGCAUGGACGAUGGGGACAACACAAAGAAAAAAAGAUAAACCUGCACUACAAAGAAAGCAUUAUCAAACCACCUUAUCGCUUGAAAUGAUGAUUUCAGUAACUUUGUGCGAUCAGAAUGAAAAUCUGCCUGAAAUUGUUGUCAAAAACAAAUUCAUGAAAUAAAUUUAAAGCAAAAAAAAACUUUAUCAAGUUUGCUGAAUGUCAAACAUCAGAGUGACCUGAUGGCAGAAUGGUUAUGACCACAUGAGGCCAAAACGUCUCCUGAAUAUAUGAAUAGAUAUAACACUACCCCUCCAAAAAUGCUAACAGUGGAGCACACUCAUACAUAAACAACUUUCUUCCAUGCAAUUUGGACUCAUGGGAUCAUCGGUCUGUUGCAGGACUCAUGCGUGGAGACGUGUUAGCCCAGGAGUCGAUUUAAAAUCACUACUGUGAAAGGAAGCCAGAGUACCUGGAGAGAAAACGCACAUUCAGAAAGGCCCCAGCCUGGAUUUGAAACUAAACUCUUCUUGCUAUUUAAACAAUGGUGCUAGCCACUGUACUGCUGUGCUUGUAAAUAGCAUCAUAGAAAAAUAUUUUUAGUAUUUAGUGAUUCACAUCUAUCUAAUUUGUUAAGAAAAUGAUUUAUGUUUCCAAGAGAAUUAAACCAGGUAACAAAAAAAUAGCAUCUCCUCUAUUUCCACCAUCCAUCUUUUAGUGAUGUUGUCAUCUCUUUUAAUCUUUACAUUUAUCUGGUAGAUUGUUGUCAACUUUGGUAAAACAGAUUGAAGGUGUAGACAAGAUGUUUCCCACUUACUUAAAGAAUGAGUUAAAAACUCAUCCACUCACUGGAAGAUCUGUCACUAUAGAGACAUUCAUGGUUUCUCUGGAUUGAACUGUAAUAUUUUGUUGAUCCUCCGAUAAGCAUCAUGAAUUUCAUGUUCUUGUGCCUGCCAUAACAUCUAUGAGGUGGAGAUGGUGGAGGAUUUGCAGGCUGACAUUAGCAUUUAGCAUUAGCAUUCAAAACACUGUAAGUAAAGUCUCACAGAGAUGCUAGCGUAGCUUGUUUUUAUUAUUAAGCUUGUUAAAGAAUACCCAAAGAAACUGUAAUCUGGGUCCAGAUUUUAGACUAGACUGAGAGACUAGUGUCUCAAAAGCAUACAUGAAGCUUAGCUUACUGCAGUCUGUCGCCUGAUCUUUUAGCUAACAGUGCCUGUAGUUAUAUUAACCUCAUGAUUUAUUGAUGUACAGAAUUCAGUUUGAGGUAUUUAGCAGUUAGACUCGACAGUCCAUCACAGCAGGAAAGAAUCCCAGCCGUGAUAGGGAUUCGGGUAGGACAACCCAGGAGUCUAGACAAUGGUGGUGGAGAUGAAGAUGGAGGCUCGAGUGAUGAGAGGCGGUAUUGGGAAGAAGGUGGGUUGCACAAAGGUGGCUGCAAGGAAGAAUGAGAGAUGCCAUUUAAAGUAUGCAGAGUGAAGGAAUAAGAUUCAUUUGCAAUAUCAGUUCUCUAUUGCAUCACAAAGAGUCAAGAGGAAGAAAAACACUUCCUAUGAGCAAGCUUUUAGUAAUUUCUUGCUCAUAGGCUCAUACAUUGACCUGAUUAAUUACAUGGUCAUCCACUAUCAACAGUAUGUGACAAUCACAAAAAAAGAGCCUGGAAAUCAAACUGUGCUUGCUAAUAAGCUAAAGAUGAAACCACAUCCAAUUAAUCAAGCAAAAAACAAAGUAAUGUUAUCAACUCUGAUAGUGCCUUUAUCCAGAAAAAUCCAAAUGCUUGCAUCAGGUCAAACUCACACAUUAGGGCGCGACCCCUGCAUGUUUCUAAGUGCUGGCACCACACUUGGUGAGUAGAAAAGCAAUGAGUGUGAAAUUAUUCCAAAACACACCCAGGCUAAAGCCUUCUGGGGCUUUCCCUCUGCAGUCGGUGGCUCACUGUCGGGUUUUGUGAACCUUCAUUUCUACUCAUACAUGCACCACCUGCAGUUCAAUACCAUUUUUAUCACUUCCUGAGAGCCGGCUCACUUCCUUAAAAGAAAAUCAACAUUUCACGACAGUCUCUCCUUUACUGACAUACUACAUUUUAGGAAGUCUCCAGGUUAGAGAUAUCUCGUUAUUCUUGCUAAAUUUAACCACUACAGGCAUAUCCAUUCAUCUUGAGUCUUGUGUUGUAUUUCCGAAGAAUGCGAUGCCACAUUGGAAAGUCCCCCAUUGCACCACAUGGAGAUGUAACAGAGGGACUGAAAGACUUUGGGCUGCAUGGAAAAUCUGAUAAUGUAACUCGUUCUGAGAGCUUGUUGUGCUUUUGCAGGUCCUUCUUUUCAGGAGGUUCCCAAGCAUCAUCUAAACAGCAGCUCGAAGAGACGCCCCCCAUAAGAUAAUAAUCAAUAUUUGCACCUUUUAUCGCAUAAUAAAGUUUUGCUGAUCAUUUAUGCAAU